AUGGCUGUGCAGCUCAGUGCCCACCUCGGGCUACACCUUGAUGUGAUAGAAGAAUACCGCAACGGAAUGCUGAGUCAAAGGGACUUCGACGUUCGAAGAACUACUUUCUGGGGUUUCUUCAUCCAUGACAACAUGUGGGGCAUGUAUGUGGGAAGACCGUGGGGCAUUAGCAUACGCGACAUCUCCGUCUUACGGCCUAUGAAGGAGCUUGACGAUAUCAGGCGCAAUAUAUGGAAACCAUAUCCACCCAUCAACCCCCAAGCCCAGCUUCCUAAUGGGGGACUUCUGGAUCUGCUGGACUCUUGUACAGACGCCAACAUCACCUUGUGUGAAUUUAUGAGACGGAUAAAUAGGACACUAUACGCUGGAAGACAAGUAGGACUCGACGAUCUAGUCCGAUUCUUACGAGAAAUGCGGCAGGAAUUUGAGUCCUGGAAAGACGGUCUUCAUCCCCAGUUGCGCAUUAAUACACUGAACACAGAGUCACUCUAUCUUCCACACGUGAUACAAUUACACAUGCAGUUCUACGCCGUGCUGAUAUUCCUCCUGCGGCCCUACUUCUCUCGCGACCUCCUGCGUCUUACCCAGGCGAUGCCAUCCCAAGAUGACCGCAUAGCUGUGGCUUCAGUGCGUGCUGAGUGCAUCUCGGCCGCGCACAAUAUGGCGGACGCCCUGCGAUGCUACCGAAAGCAGUACUCACUCAAGUACACAAAUGUACAAAUCGUGUAUCUGAUUUUCACGGCGUCAUUAAUCCACGUCUACAACGCAUGCACUUCAAAUUGCAGCCCGCAGGAGUCACAGGAAGCACUCGACGAUCUACAGUUCUGCUGUCAGUCACUCGGUGAAAUUGGCGAGUGCUAUAGAAAUGCCACCCGAGCGCUGGACGUCGUCAUACUCGUCAAACGAGGGUGGCAGAAACUUGCAGCAAAUCGCACCGUGGCCAACAGCCAAAAGAGGGGGAGGAUGACGGGGCAAGGCCCUGGUGACCAUGGCGAAAGCGGUAGCUCGAGACUGGCCAGGAGACGGGCUUCACUGUUAGUUUUUGACCCCUCCAAUCCGCCGAGAUUUACCACGCCUACCAAUCUUGAGACGUUCAGGACGACCGCGGACAAUAACACAUCGUUGGGCAACUUUCCGAGAGAGGGUGGUGAUAUGUACGACGCUUGGCAUCUCCUCAAUUGGGCGUAA